CCACCCCAGGGAAAGGAAGACGCUGCUGCUGCUGCUGCUGCUGCUGCUGCUGCUGCUGCUGCUGCUGCUGCUGCUGCUGCUUGAGGCAAUGACUCAAAGUCCUGCAAAAUCACUUGCUCUUUCUGUGAGUAAAUAAGCUGCCCGUUGAGUUUUCUUUCUGUAGUGAUUCCAACUCCACGCAAGGCGCGUCUCCUCUAAGGAACCCCCUGGAAACCCGCGGGCUGCAGCAGCCUCCUCCCCUGCCGCGCUCGCUCCCGCCUGCCCCACGCGCACCGCGCACCUUGGAGCGCGCGCAGACUCCUCUCCGCCCAGGACCGGCCCACCCUGAAAGGUGCUUCCAGACUGGCCCCGUGGAAACGUGGAAGGAGGGAGGCCAAGAGCAGGCGUGGUCCCAUUCCAGUAUCCGAGAGGCAUCAGUUUUUGGGGUCCGUAUCCCCAGCCCGCGCCCUUCCCAGGCCUUCUCCAAUUUCCUCUCGAGUCUGUCACCAGUCUCUGGGUGCUGAAGUCUGCACUGCACAAGUUGGGUGACGAAGAGGUUGGCUGGGUAAGGGAAUCCCCCUCCUUAGUGCCUCUUCCUCGCGUCCUACAAGAGCAUCGAGAGUUUUCCUGAACACGAUUUCACUUUUAUUUUUUUUUUUAACAGUUUCAAUGCCAAAUAGUUUAUUCCUCCUUUCACUCCACUCGCGUCUGCACGCGUUGCCCUGUGUGAGCAGCGAGCCCAGGCGACCGCCUUCAGGACCACCCACCCUAUUCCGUGUCUGCUCAGUAUCAGUCAGUUUCCCAGAGUGGGGACGCGGGCAGAUGUGCUGGUCUGCGUAGAACCAGAGGAAGAAUCAGACUCCGGAGUGGGGAAGCCAAGGGACUGGGGCUCUUAAAAUGAGCUGAAAACCCAAGCGGUGGCCUCGGAGAGACCCAGCCCUCCCGCUGACUUUAUGCAUUUUCUUAAUCCUACCCUUGUUUCUAAGCGCUUCCCGCCCUCUGCGGGAGCCUGGCCAGAGCCCCUGGCGAGCUCUGCCCUGGGGAUGCAGGCUGGAUGCUUCGCUCCCCUGGCCAGAGGAGCCCCGCACUGACGCUCACGGGAACUGGUCCGCAGGGUCCUCUAAGCUGCUUUAAAAUCUGAACCAAUUCAGCAGCAUUUCGCAAGGUAGCUGAGCUCAGAAGCCUUCCUCCCUUUUCUUUUCCAUUCUUUCCUUCUCUUCUUAGGCUCUGACAAUAACCUGUCGUUUCUGUGGGUAGGGUUUAAGGAUUUAUCCUGUGUUUAAUCUGCGGUUUUCAGAUAAGGCUUCUCAAAAUUUAAAUGCGGUUUCUUUGAUGGAUAAGCACGAUUUUGGAGUCUUCCAAAAUAGCCGUUUCCAUCUUAUGUAAUUGAAGACCCGGGAGCUUUCCAAAGAAGCUCUGGAUUUUCCAUGGUUCUCCUCUCUCUCUCUCUCUCUCUCUCUCUCUCUCUCUCUCUCUCUCUCUCUCUCUCUCUCUCUCUCUCGUGCGCGUGUGUGCGCGCGCGUUCGUGCGUUCUCUUUCAUUUCUACCAUUAGGAAACUCGUCCAGGGCCACAGAAAAGUCAGGAGAAGCUGUGGUCUUAUUUCCCAUGGAUUCUCACCGCUCCCGAAACGCUGCCAACAAAUGAGCAUGGGAGUGGGUUAUUUUGGACAGAGAAUUGACGCUUGACAAAAAUUAAAGCGCGAGAGGAGAAAAACACAGGCUGGAAGACAAGAAAGCUGCGAGGCUCCGCUGGUGGAGGAAAGCGAGGUUUGGGUUCUGGCUGCCGGCUUCAGCACCGGAGGGAAUGGACAGCGUCUCCGGACAGAGCUGCAGCCACAGAGAACAAACUGCGCUGCUGCACCCACCUCUGCUGUCCUCGGUGCCACCGUCGUCGCCAGGGCCAGUGGAAUACCCGACUUCUCAUUGCUAAAAGGCAGUGCCUGCUAAUAGCCCUGGCUGUCCUGUCCUCUUCCUUGUUGGACGAAAAAUAACCCUCCCCAUCCGGCUGCACCUAGGUACAGGGCUCUGAGUGCACACGCUCCAGUUAAAGUCUUAGCAGCAACUUCAAAUAAAUUUUCUUUAGGGGGCUGGGAGGGAUGCAGGCAGAAGAGUGAAGUGGAAGUUCUUAGAAGCCCGGAGAAAUCAUGGGCUCUGCAGCCGGGGCUGGAACGCUCAAAGGCCCACGAUCUUGAAAUAAGGAGAAUGUUCCUGAGUGGAUUGCAAAUAUUUUGGAAAUAGCUUUGUGAGAAGAAGUACGAGAUCUCUAAACCUUGCCUUAGGAAAACUGAGAAGACUUCUUUCCUCUACCUCUAUCAGACUGCUUUCCAGAAUGUUAAGAUUGCCAGAGAAGUGAUUGCAGGAAAGUAAAACAUUGCUUUACCUAAAUUCAGGAUCGUACUACUUCUGAGAAAAGAUGCAUGCAUUAGUCAAAUUGUUUGAAUCCAUGGCACCAGCACCUAUGGAUCCAGUGGGCAGAUUGUAUUACUAAAUUUCAAAGGAUUCUUCUUUUGAGAUUUAUGCUGAAACCAUUUUAAGACCACAUCCUCUGAGGUGCCAUAGCACAUGGAUUUCAGAACCGCCUGUGAGGAGACAAAGACAGGGAUUUGUUUGCUGCAGGAUGGUAAUCAGGAGCCUUUCAAAGUCCGGCUGCACCUAGCCAAAGACAUUCUGAUCAUCCAGGAGCAGGAUGUGAUAUGCGUGUCUGGUGAGCCUUUCUAUUCUGGUGAAAGAACGGUGACCAUCAGAAGACAAACUGUAGGAGGAUUCGGAUUAAGCAUAAAGGGAGGAGCAGAGCAUAACAUUCCAGUUGUCGUUUCAAAAAUCUCCAAAGAACAAAGAGCUGAACUUUCAGGACUGCUCUUUAUUGGAGAUGCAAUUUUACAGAUAAACGGAAUUAAUGUGAGAAAAUGCAGGCAUGAAGAAGUGGUUCAGGUCCUUCGGAAUGCUGGAGAGGAAGUGACGUUAACAGUCUCAUUUUUAAAAAGAGCACCUGCCUUCCUCAAGCUCCCACUGAAUGAAGACUGUGCGUGUGCUCCAAGUGAUCAGAGCAGUGGCACCUCCUCUCCUCUUUGUGACAGUGGUUUGCAUCUGAACUAUCAUCCCAACAACACAGACACGCUGUCCUGCUCCUCCUGGCCCACCUCGCCAGGCCUGCGGUGGGAGAAGCGGUGGUGCGACCUCAGGCUGCUGCCGCUCCUGCACUCGCGCUUCUCACAGUAUGCACCUGGGACCGACCUGAGCCGGCAGAAUGCUUUUCAAGUCACCGCUGUAGAUGGGGUUUGCAGUGGGAUUAUUCAGUGCCUCUCUACUGAAGACUCUUUUGACUGGCUGCAAGCAAUAGCAACUAAUAUUUCCAACCUCACAAAGCACAACAUAAAAAAAAUCAACAGAAAUUUUCCUGUUAACCAGCAGAUCGUGUACAUGGGCUGGUGUGAAGUGCGGGAGCAGGACUCCCUUCAAGAUCGACUCUACUCUCCAACGUUUCUAGCCCUGAGGGGCUCGAGUCUUUACAAAUUUCUGGCACCUCCAGUGACCACAUGGGACUGGACCCGAGCAGAGAAAACAUUCUCAGUUUAUGAGAUUAUGUGCAAGAUUCUCAAGGACAGUGACCUGCUGGACCGGCGGAAACACUGCUUCACCGUGCAGUCCGAAUCCGGGGAGGACCUCUACUUCUCCGUGGAGUUAGAGAGUGACCUCGCUCAGUGGGAAAGAGCCUUUCAAACAGCCACUUUUCUAGAAGUGGAACGGAUACAGUGCAAGACAUAUGCGUGUGUACUAGAGAGUCAUCUAAUGGGCCUCACGAUUGACUUCAGCACAGGAUUUAUCUGCUUUGAUGCUGCAACCAAGGCUGUACUUUGGAGGUAUAAAUUUUCUCAGCUUAAAGGUUCUUCAGAUGACGGCAAGAGCAAAAUCAAAUUUUUGUUUCAGAAUCCAGAUACUAAACAGAUUGAAGCAAAGGAGUUGGAAUUUUCAAAUUUAUUUGCUGUUCUUCACUGCAUUCAUUCAUUCUUCGCUGCCAAAGUGGCCUGUUUGGACCCUCUGUUCUUAGGGAAUCAGGCGACUGCUUCUGCUGCUACCAGCUCAGCUACCACAAGCAAAGCAAAAUACACGACUUGAUACCCUCGAGUGCGUAGUGCCACUUACCAUGACUAGAUAAACGGAAUAGAUGUAUCAGCCCUCUCACACUCUGGAGAAGCCACAGUAUCAAUAAGCCACCAGUGGAGUUGGGACGAAAUUUCAGCAGGAAAAGGGUUACGAGGCGUCUUACACACAUUCCCAGCUCGGAAAGCUUCUGUAAAUUAUUCUACAUGGAUAGAAGAGCGGCUGUCCUUUGAUUCGUACAUGUGCACUGUUUUCACCAAAAGUGGAGAUACAAGAAUGAAUGGGAUGAGGAAUUAUGUAAAUAAUAUAAAAAUUGUAAGCUACCUAUAAAUAAAAAUGCCAAUCAAAUGGUUAUUUCUGUAUUUUAGAUUAUUUUGUAUGAAAAAUACAUACUGGGCCAGAUCAUGAACUAAUGCCCUUUCAUUGAUUGUAUAUUGAGUGUAAAGAGACCAAAAAAAAAAAAAAAAAAAAAAAAUGAUAGCGAGGAGCAUGUAAAAAAUCUCAUCAAAAGGAAACACUUUAAUUUGCCGAUGUGAAUUUUACCUUGUAUUCUCAUCCCACCAUGCCGCACUGGAGUCCUAAUUUUGCAUAUCUGAUUGUAAAAUAUUCUUAUGAAUUGCAUAAAAAUAAUCACUCUGGCCUGUGACAGACAGGAUACAAACUAGACUACUUUUCCCUUGGUUCACUGUUAUUAGAGUUUUUCUAACUGCGGUGUCAACCAAACACACCAAGAUUAUGUUAACCAUGAAUCAUGGAAACAUUCGUGAAUGUCUUGUUCUUUCCUUCAUUUUAAACAGAUUUAUAUUUUACCUAAUGAAAUUUAUUAUCAAGUUAAAGAGUCAUAGAUUUUCAAGAAAUCUAAAAAACUUUUAUAGAGAAAAUAACAACAACAAAUAUCACUGUAAGAAACAGUUUUUGUAACCUGAUCUCUUUUAACUAAUCAUGAAUUGAAAUGCACCUACCAAGCAGUCUUGAAGCUAUAUCAAUGUUAGCAAAGUCACAGUUUGUCAUUUGAGUGAUAUUUUAUUAGAUGGUAAGACAAGAUUUCAAAAUAAAAGUUAAAAAUAAAAAUUAAAAAGUUUUUAAAAAAUGAUUAAGCAAUGCCAAUCCAGAUAUUUUAAUUUAGGAUUGUAAACGUGAAGAGACUACAAAUUUGAAAUUCUUAGAAGUAUGCACCUACAACUAAGAAUCAAGGAUGGUAUCAUUAGUUGUAUGAAGUGGAUGAAAUUCUCUGUUUAUCACUAAAGCUUUACUGACAUCUGCUUUCAAAUAACCAGCUCUGUACUAAAACAUUAAAAACCUCACUUUUUUAAAACUGCCACAAAUUCCCACCUAAACCAAACACCACAUAUUUUCUUGCAAAGAUGAGCAAAGAUCUAACAAAAAUUGUUCAAUAUGCUUUUCUAAACAAGAGAAAAAAAUCCUUCAAAAUGGAAAUAAAAUGACUCAUUGAAAGGCUAAUUAUUCAGUUAAAGUUAAAAAUCAAAUCAAUAUCAAAAUGUUUUCAUAGCCACUAUAAAUUACUUAUUUUAAAUUAUAUUAUUUCUUAAAAAUGUUCAAUGAAAAUAAAAGUUGGAGGUUUGUGACUAGUCCUGGGGAAACUUAAAUUGAAUUUAAGAUACUUCAUCAAAAACUUUGUUGCCAAAUUGGAUAAUAAAGGUUUAAUACAAUUUAUUAUGAUUAUUGCUCACUCUAGUGAUCGAAUAGAGUAGUCAUACAAAAUGUGAGGUCCACCAAAACUCUAACUUUGUAGUCCUCUUCUUAAUUUAUGUAGAAAUAGGGUACAUCUGGAGAGAGAGACAGACAGACGGACAGACAGACAGACAGGCAUCUGGACACCUAACGCAGGAUUCUCAGCAGAGCAGGCAUUUUGAUAUAGAACCUCUGCUGCUAACUACAGCCGACUCUCGGUUUGUGCCACAUUACAAUGUCAUUGGGAUGGCUCCAGUUGCUCUAGGUCUGAGGCAAUAGGAAAUGGGCUAGUUGUCUAAAAGGAAAGUAAGAAAUCACAUCUAAUUUUUAAAACUUUACAUAACUGAUGUAAAUUAAAAAUAAACAUCAAAUUUCAGAAAAGUUCUAUUUAAAAUACAAAAGCAACUCAAUUAAAUCUCUUUUAUGUCAUUGAAAUUUAUGCUUACACAUAUGAUGACAGCAAAUGUGCAAAUGAGAUAUUAGUAUUUGUGGCCCUGUGCACACGUACACGUGUACACACAUACGUGUGUGGAUAAAUCAUACUGAAUGUCUCACAUACAUAUCCUUAAUACAUUUUAACUUGAAUUGGAAAAUCAUAGCUUGAAUUAAAAUGUAUCGUUAUUAUUGAUACUACUGAUACAAGACUGAAAGUUCUAAAUUGCUGUUUAAUGCCACCACUUAGGAAAAUAUGCUGAUUUUCCUCAGUUAGCAGUUAGUAUCUCAUGUUUUCUUUUGUGGUGAAUAGUCAUUGUGUUUGUUAUAAUUUGGAGUACUUGAAUGAGAAAAUUCAGAAAAACAAUCAUAAAAUCCCUUCUCAUGUAAUUUAGGCUUAAAUGCAUCAGAUUUAGCCAUCAAAUCUUAGCUUCUCCAUGGAGCAUAUUUGAACAAAAGAAUGCUUAGUUAUGUGAUCACCCUUUCAGUGCCUUGAAUAAGUAUGUGUGUGUGUGUACAUGCAUCUGUGUGUGCACGUGUGUGUACGUGUGUGUAGUCACUGAAGGGUUCAUUACAGUGUGUAUACUGCAGAUUUAAGUGAAAUAUUAUAGGCAUCUCAGUCAAAGAAGACAGCUCAAAAUUAUUUGAAAACUAAUUUAACAAUGUCUUUUUUCCUAGUGAACAAAAGCAAAUCAUUUAAGCUGGAGCAUUUUAAAACAGGGGUAUUUUAAAUUUGUGACAUUGUAACAAAUAUUUAUUUCAAGUUUUCCAUAAUAGAUAUUGGAAAUGUAAUACAUAUCCCAGCACUUACUAUCUGACCUUGCUUUUAAAGAGAAAGUAAUCAGCAAGUCAGUUUCCCUCCAUGUCUUAAGCAUGUAUCAACUUCUUAUUUUAAAACCUUCACUCAUAAAACUGACAUUCAGCAAGUUGAUAGUAAAUGGCAGCUCCAUGUAAGCAAGAAGAGAAAUCCUCCUUUGGGUGCAUUAGUUUAUAGAUUCACAUUUUCCUCAGUUACAGUGACAAAGCUACGAACUUUGUCUAUGUUGAAUGUUGGGUUUAAAAGAACCUUGAUUUAUCACUGGUGAAAAGUGAUCAUCUUAAUAAUAAUAUAGAAUUACUGCUUGAAAUUGGCAGUGUGGAGAAGCUUUAAAAGUAUGAGAGCAAUCUUGUGCUUAACUCUUAAAGGUAAGUGUAAAUUUUCCAAUAUUAAUGACAAGCAUUUUGCUACUAUUAAUACUGGUGGAAUCAUGCGAUCUCCUUGAGGAAUUGCUUUAUUCACAUCUCCAAAAUUGUUUAUGUUUUAUUAUUAUUAGUUCAUACUGUAAAAAUCACAAUAUCACUUCUUUGCACAUUAUAAUUUAGUUUUUAAGAUAAAUAUUAUAAAUCGUAUAUAUUUUAUACAUAUGAAAAUGAAAUGAAAAUAAAAGAAAUAUGAAAUGUAAAUAUAUUUAUUUCAUUUUAAUUGUUUUGGUGGAUGUUUGUAAAUGUAAAUUAAUGUCUGUAACAAACACUGUCACUUCAUUACUUCAGUUCAUUAAUGUACUACUAAUAUAAAUGUACCUUUUUUAAUGAAGCAUACUGAAAAAUAAAAACAAAUUCUUUUUACUAA